AUGGCAACGCGAUACCCAUUUGGAGAUUGUUGGUCGAAUAAUACCUCAAGGGGUGGUCGAGCAGGUGGUUUGAGUCUUUGGUGGGUAGAGGAGGUUGCAGCCAUGGUAAUAUAUGCCUCGCUCCGCUGCAUUGAUGCAAAAAUAGUUGAUGAUAGAGAGUUUGUAUGGAGAUUCACGAGUCUGUAUGGGUGGCUGGAGGUAGGCAGGAAAAAGAAUACAUGGGAUUUUAUGCGAGACCUAGCAUCCCAAUGGGAAGGCCCUUGGUUGUGUGGUGGGGAUUUCAACGAAAUCCUAGCAGUGGAGGAAAAAAGCGGGGGCCAAAAUAUGGAGGAGAGGGACAUUGCUGAAUUUCACGACUGCCUCCUAGGAACAAAAAUGGAAGCUGGCAGAGGAACUAGCAAAUUUAAAAGACAAUGA